AAGCUGAAAAGAAUGUCACUCUUCAUUUGGCAGUAGUACAUAUACACCGUUUAAAGAAAUCGUGCAUGCCAAACAAUGAAGAUACAGAUAUUUCCAAAAAUUUAAAAGAAAAAUUGCUUGAUCUCAUUGAUACUAUUGUCCUGCCAAACAUGUCGAUAUACCACAAAAUAGCACUUUUCCUGUUCCCUCCAGCCAACAAGUUAGUUUUGUUUGAUGAAAAUGAAAAAAUGUGUAUAAAAGAAGAAUGUAAAAACAUAAUGAAAAGCUACUUGAAUGAUAUAAGUAACCAACAAGGUCAAACCGAGUCUUCUACUUCCGUUUCGGCUUACAAUUCGCAAAUUUUUAUGGACUUUUUGCAACCUCAGCAGUUAACCAUUAAUUUGGAGGAAAAAGUCAACAAUGAGAUACGCAUAUAUGAAGGCACAAAUGUAACAUUUCAUGAUGAUUUCGAUAUUCUUCAGUGGUGGCACUUGCAUCAAACCCAAUUCCCAUUAUUUUUUUCAAGGGCUAGGCUUCUCAUAUCAGAGAAACGAAGUUUGAUCGGUUCAAACCCAGUUAAUGUCAACCAACUAAUGUUUUUACAUUCUAAUGUUAAGGAAAAUGAUAUUAUAAAAGAGUUGGAACAAGAAACUUAUUUUUGAAAAUAAAAUGUUAUAGUUGUGAAGUAUUAAAGUAAAUCAUAUCGCUCGUACAUACGCACAUAUGUUAUUAUCUGAAGUCUGUUUUUAUUUUCAUUAAGUGUGCAUGUAGGAAUGAA